AAUUCGGGUCAGAGAUAUUAUUUCUAAAAUCGUUGAAACUUUUUUUCAUCAGUAUUUAAUUAUAUCACAGUGUACAUAUUGCAUAUAGGCAUAAGGCAAAACCAAACCCUAAUCCUGUGAAAUACCCAAUCAUAAAAAACAAAAACAUGUGACCAUAAUAUAAUCCAUAUGAUCGAGUAAACUAAUGCUAGAAGAAAAAGCCAGUAUGUAAGGACAACUUGAAUGUCAUAUCUCUACUACUACUUAAGUGCCUACUGUAGGCGUUCACAGCCAUAGUGGUGCACGUUCUGCCGCCCCGCAUCCCGUCCGCCUCGCCCUCUGGCCCUCCCCGCGGCAAUCUCGGCGCUCGCCCUCCCCAGCGGCAAUCUCGGUGUCCCCCGCAGCAAGCUCGGCCUCCCCUGCGGCAAUCUCGGCGUCCCCCACAAUCACGGUGUCUAUCCCUCCCAUCUCACCGCUGCCUCAUAACACUCCCGUGUCCCACGCCAUACGCCCAAGACCGAGCCGCCUAGAUCUGAUUGGGUUGGCUCUCGUCGCGGGGGCGAAGGGGAAGGCGAGGAAGAACCAGGAGGCAUGCGUUCGUCCAAGAUGCUGCAACUCCUGAUGGCGCUGGCCUUCUCGGCGACCCCGCUGACGCUGUAUGUGCCGCCGGCGCGCAGCCUCAGCCUCUUCGUGGAGGCCAUGGAGGCCGUCUGCCGCGACUGCGGGCCCUACUCCCACGGCGCUGUCGCCCGCUUCCGCCUCGGCCUCUCCCGCGUCCUCGCCGGCCUAGCGUGCGCCCUCCGCUAGGCGGGCCGGCACCCCAUCGCCGGCGCCGGUUCCUCCUGCCUACAGGAGUAUACUACACAUGGACACACACACGCACGUUCGGUGACCUUGUGCUCUCCCUGCUUUCUAUUUCCUUUUGUACUACUAGCGAGGAAGUGGUUUCUAGCGCAGCACAGCAAUCUACAUGCUGGAGCAGGACUAGCGGUCAGUUUCAAGAUCUUUCCUGCUUCGUUUCUCCCUUUUUGUGCUCGGUGCGACGUCACGCCCAGAUCCCGUGCUCACCUCCCCGCAAUCAAGGUCGUCACGCCCGACGAGGAUGGCCGCCAGUCGUCGCACAUGUUCAGAUAGGUUGAUGAUACUGAAGUCAUCUGUUUUUUGCUGCAAACUGAAAUAAUUCAUCUGUGCUUGCGAACCAUGGAGAUGGGUAGUGAGCUAUCCAAAACUGCAUAGAAGCAGGAGCUCGCACGGCAGUUGGAUCUCAUCGCCAGGCAGGUGGAAGUGUGGUUCCAGAACACACAUGUUCAGAUAACACACAUGUUCAUGCUUAUGCUGACCCCACACAGGUUCAUAUCGUCUUCUGCGUGUAUGUAGUUGUUUCUUCUUCAAUUCUCUUUGUGGGGAAAACGUUAAUUGGGAUUUUCCCAGCAAUCAGCUUGAUAGGCGACAUCGUCAUUGUGGGGGUGAGUGAGUCUACCGCUAUUAUUCAGUCUGAGUCCACUAAACCAGAAUUCCACAGGAUAUGAUUGUACCUAUAUUUCCUGAAAAGACAAAUGAAACAAACAUCAAAAGCAAGUCACUGCCUAUUAUUUUUGACCUCCUAAUCUUCUACUUCAUUGGAUUUGCAUUGUUCUGGCUGGAGGCUUUUCUGAGCAUGUGGGUCAUUCAGGUGAAGUUACUGCCUACCGCUUCACUAUUCAUCCGUCUUGAUACUUUCAGUUGGUUGUGAACUAUAAGCUUUGCGUCCCGCGGCGUGGAAGGAAAUCCACAUUACAAUGGUAGUGGCAUUUUAUAGAUUUAUAGAUUGGCAUACCACUAUUCAAUGGUAGUGGUGAAUUAUCUAGAAGCAACAAAGCAACAGAUUUAAAAUGCCAGUUAUAGAGUUAGGCUUAGUUUUAGUUAAAAUAUUAGUGGUGAAUUAUCUAGGCAUACAUCCAGUCCACACCCUCAACAUACCGAGUUAGGCUCAGUUUUAGUUAAACAACGUCUUGGUUUCUUGUGCCUACUGAUGGCUUUUCUUAAUAUUAUAUCAAUGACAUCUUAGGUUUUGGAAGGUGGUGCAGUUGUCAGGACUCUUAGAGAUCAUAGUAUUCCUUCUAAUGGGGAUAUCAAUGAAAGUAAAGUUUCUUAUUUGUUAUUAUUAUAUUCUUGUUGGUGCAACCUGAAAAUGAAAAGCCAAUUACUGAAAGCGGAGAUGAAAUCUCUUAUGAAGGAGCAAAGGCAAAAAGUCCAAUAUAUUUAUUAUCGGGACUACGAAGGAGAUCAACGUAAGUUCAGUUUGGUCCAUUUUAUCUAUUUUCCUUUCUUAUGGUAUGGAGUCAACAAAUGGAAUUAAAUAGAGCCCAUGCUAAGUUUGGACCAAGUCAUCACGAGAGAAAGGAAUCUAUUGGAGCACCUAUAAAAUUGGAUGUGGAAGCUCAUGCUCAUAUUCAGAAGCAUAGGUAUGCCAAUCUAUAAAAUUGGAUGUGGAAGCUCAUGCUCACAUUCAGAAGCAUAGGUAUGCCAAAUUUUUUUUCUUAAUAUGUGAGAAGUUAUCUUAGGCUCCAGAUCAAUGCCCACAUUAUUCUUAUCCACAACUUCUUUAUUGCACAUGCACAAUCUAUUUAUAGGACCAAUUAUUUGCCUGGUGUUAGUAAAUUGAUGUGUUGUAAGCUAUAAUUGUUGUGGUGCCUAUUAGCUUCAUUGUUGUUCUAAUUGUUUGAGGAUUUGUGCGUCAUUUUUUGUGUCAUCAAAUGAAGGUUGUGGUCUUGUUGUUACUUGAACUUCUUACCACAUAGAAAGCUUCAAGAAGAUUUAACUGACGAAAUGGUCAAGUUAACACGUUGAUAGAAGGAAGUUAACCUGAUGAUGGUGUUUCCUGAUUUAAAUGUAGGAUUGUGAUGGUAUGAUGGAUGUUUCAAUUGGAGCCUACUAUAUAGUCCUCUUCAUCAUAUAAGGUUAUGCAUAUGAACUCUUGGGAUUUACAAAAUUUGCUUCUAUAUGUUGGAUGCAGCGUAAUCUUACAUAUUCAGAACCAAAGGCUGAUGAACUGGCAGCAUCAGAAAUGGCAGUUGCAUAUAGCUCCUCGAAUUGGGUAUUAUUAGUUGAGGGAUGACAUCCAUCUACUGCUGAGUAAGUCACAGAAAGUGCUCUGUUCAGGCUGACUAGAUAGGGUAAUUGUUAUUGGUGUGUUCUGUUCAGUUUUUUAUAGCAUUUUUGGCGGGGUAAUAUGAACUUCUAUUCAUUUUUCAAAUAUAUUCUAGACCCUAACUAACUGAUCCAAAAUGUCACAUUGAUUGAUAUGUGGAUUUUGAUACUUCUGACUCCAUGCAACUACUUGGAAUGUUGCUUGUCGCGUUGGCUCAUUUUUUAUUCCUUUUACUGUGCACAUUAAUAGCAUUUUUACCUAUAAUGAACAGUCUUGUGGUUUUAUUUUCAUUUCUGGCGUUAAAUGUAUGUCUUUCUUUCUAUUGUAUGAGUUUAUUUAGGCAUAACCUUUAUCACUUUCUAUCAAUGCUACAACAGUAGAUAUACUACCAUUUAUCAUUGAAGUAAUUAAGCGGUUGUAUUUCAUUUUUUAUGUUAUCAAAAUUUUUAGUUCUUCAAAUAUAAUAGAUGAAUCAUUGCUAAAUCUAACAUUGCUGUCAAUGUUUUCAUAGUUCCAAGAACGGAAGCAUUUAUCUGAUGUCCUGUUAAGUGUGUGCAAGGUCAUUGGAUGACUGCAUUCCAUUUGGCUUAUCGAGUAAGCAAUCCCCAUUUAACUUUUCAAACUUGUCAUAUAAUACAUCCCAGCCUGAGGUCUGUGCCUUCAAGUUGGUUUUAUUUUGCACAAAAUCGGAUGUCAUUCCAUUUGGCUUAUUGAGAGCCCUGAAGCAAGAUUCUGGUAUUUCAACUUCUGGACCAAUCAGCUCAGUCUCUUGUUCGUGAGCAAAAUAACCUUCAGUUGGCACAUCUUCCAGCACUACAAGAUUAUCAGAAUAUGCAUACUCAUGGAAUAUAGCUUCAAUCCUUUGCCUUUUCUAACAAGUUGGGUUAACACUUGAGAUAUCAUCAUUUAACUGGGAAGGGCCAUCGUCUAACCACUUAUAACUGCCAUUUUCAGGAUAAUGCAUUUGCUUAUACCCUAACUUGUAAUCAAUACUGGCAACAUUGUCAUCUGGGCGGCAUGAAUUAGUGAUCCUUCCAGAGAAACGAACUAUGCAAAACAAAUGUCAUAUUAAUAAUCUAGAAACAUGUUUGAGAUGGGUUUUAUCUAUUGAUGAGGAGCCUGUUAAGAAAUGUUUGGUUCGCCUGUAGCUGCAAGGAAUGCUAACUUUUUUUUGGGUUCGUCUCUGCGGAGGAUGCCAUUGUUAGUUGUAAAUAUUGGCGGCAUAUUAGGAAACAAAUUAUCCCUAUUUGAGUUGCACACACAUUUCAUGUUAUUAGUGUGAAUUUGUGAGAUAUUGAGGUUGAUGAUAUAUAUGUUGUUCA